AUGUCUGGAGCGCACAACGAAAAAGGUAUAAUACCAAGUAUAACAGGUGUUCAACAAAAACUGGAUAUCCACUUUAAAGAAGACACUCUAGAUAACGUUUCGAAAACUCAAAUUGGAAGUUACCAACGCAAUAAUACAGGCAAGAUGUCAAACGUUAUUGGAAGAUUAAAUAACAUCAGGUAUCGAAACAACGAAAAUAUUAAAAAUUCAGGAUGGAUGAAUUUAAAUCAAAAGCAGGAGCCAAAUCCAAAUACGUUGCGACAAUGUGAUGAUACAGAGAAAGGUGCUUUACGUGCACUCUCAAAUAAGCACAUUAGAAAAAGUUCAAGAAAUGAAAAGUUGUUAAAAUGGAUAGAUAGUCAUAAAAAUACUGAAGUUGUGAAUAAGAAUCAAGAUGUAAAUAGAACCGAAGUCAGCAACACCAUCUAUAAAUGGCAAAGCGGUCUUCGAGAUGAAAAAUCAUUUGAUUCAACUAAUAAAUUCACCACUGUAUUUGAUAAAAUUGAACAUGCAAUUUCGCCAUCAGUCAAUCGUAUUUGUCUGACAAUGACACACAACAAUUUACAAAGUCUUCAUAAUGUUUUAUUCUCCUUGCCAUUGUAUACAUCUCCUUUUGAGCACUUGACAUACUUAAACUUUUCUCAUAACCAGCUUUCAUGGAUACCUGCAGAAAUUGGCAAACUUGUUCAUCUUCGAUUUUUAAAUGUAUCCUAUAAUGAACUUCAAGAGAUUCCUUGUCAAAUUCUGAAAAUACAUGGCCUACAACAACUUGACAUCAGCAAUAAUCCUUUACCUAAAGAAACUGAAUCUAAUUCCCAGCUCGUUUAUUGUUAUAAAUCAGCCGUGCCUAAGCUUUCUGAAUUGUGUUACCGUUAUAUUUUAAAUGAUAAUAAGAGCAUUUUGUCCACAAAAUAUGUAACUAAAUGUAAUUACUUGCCUAAAGUAAUCCGAUCGACCUUAUUAGAACCAAAUAAACGAAUUUGUGCGGUGUGCGAUUGUUGGCACACACAAUCGGCAGCAACAUUAUUGAAUUUUACGUGGAAAUUAGAAGACCAAAGGGUAAAAGAGAAGAUCGAAAUGAAGGAAAAGAAGAGAAGAAGGCGUGCAAGAUUUGGUCUCGGAGAUAACGGUGAUAGUACUACUAAUUCUUCAACUAAUUACAAUUGA